AUGAACAACGGCCAGCAGGGCGGCCAACAGCCCGCUCAACCUGGGCAGGGUGCGCAGCAGCAGCAGAAUCGUCCUAAGCCACAUCUCUUCCGACCCGAUCAAAUGCGACAGCUCCCUGCCAGCUUUCCUGACGAAGACAAACUCAAAUGGGAGCAGGGCUUGAGAUCAUUGUGGAACCAAAUCGAGAAGAACGAUCCUACCACCCAAGCACAUAAUGAUGCUAAGCGCAAACUCUUUGAUUUCAGUAGGACUCUCACAGCAAAGCUUCAGAGCCACCGAGCUGCCCAGCAGGCUCAACAAGCUCAGCAAGCAGCUCAGCAAGGCCAACCAAGCCAACAAACCCGUCCUAUGAGUCAAGGCCAACAACCGGAAUCUCAGACACAAGGCGGGGGAGAGAAUGGCGCACAAAACCCACCUGGUGCCGGACAGCAGCAACCUCGGCCACAACCAAAGAUAUCUCCCAAGCUUCUAGAGCAUGCCACCAACUUCCCCUAUGUCCUUCCUCCGAACUUGACCAGCGGCACACCUGAGGCCACGAAAUGGAUUCAAGACGCCAAGUCGAAGUAUUUGAAGGCCUUGGUUGCUAUGGAGGGUGCGUCCAAUCGAGUCCAAACAAUAGACAACAUCAAGAAGCAGAGAGAUGCCGAGGGAAAGAUCUUGAGUCCGGAGGAGGAGAAGGACUUCAAGGAGAAAAGAGAGUCUGCCCAAGAGACAUACAAUAACGCGAAGAAUUUCGUAGAUGCUUUCCGAAAUUCUCAGAAUCAACAACGUAAUGCUGCUAAUGCUGCAUUACAAAGCCAUGGAAUAAGCGCAAAUGCUGCCCAAGUCACCGGUAAUGCUGGACAAGCCCCAACUAGACCUCAAAUGAGUGUUCAACAAGCCCAGAACCCAGCAGCUGUGCAGAAUACUCAGACUGUUAAUGCUGCAAUCGAGGCUGCAAAGAACCAGCAGAUGGGUGGAAUUCGACCUCCUAUGCCGCAGAACGCUUCGAUGUCCCAACCGCCGCAGACACCUGGUCAAAAUGCUCCUUCCCAGUCUUCUUUACCGCAGCAACAGCAAGCGCAAACUCAAAUCAAGACUGAGCAGGCAGUCCCACCUCAAAUCAACACUGCGAUCACACAGAUGCAAGCAAAUCAAAAUCGGUCUAUGCAGAACUCUCCGCAGUCAGCAGUACCAAGAUCAGCUGGAAUUCCUCAAUCUGCGACUUCACAGCAACCGCAGGCGCUAUCUCAUUCCGACGCUCUUCAUCAAGCCGCUAGGAGUUAUUCGAAUCCCGUUCCGACAACGACCGUCAUGGGGCAAGGCCACACUCAUCCUCCUCAAGCGGUUCCACGUGAACAAAACGUGAUGACGAACAAAAUGCCGAUUCCGAAGCACCUCCCAGAUCGCGCAACCGCACAACCAACACCAGUACAAAUGCAAAUGGCGCGACCAACAUAUUCCGGAGGUCCAUCGAACACUGGCAACGGUGUUAUCAGUCAACCUGUCCUUACGAAGACUCCGCAAUUCACGAUGGAGGGAGAAGGAGAUCGCGUCCUCUCGAAGAAGAAGCUUGAUGAGCUUGUCCGUCAAGUCACUGGAGGUGGUCAGGGUCUCGAGAAUGGAGAGUGUCUUGCUCCUGACGUUGAAGAGUCUAUCAUGAACAUGGCGGACAGUUUCAUUGAUCAGGUCCUUCAAUCGGCAUGCAAGAACGCUAAGGAGCGCGGCUCGAAGUCAUUGGAUGUUCGCGAUAUCCAGCUCACUCUUGAGCGUGGUUACAACAUCCGAAUCCCCGGCUACUCCAGCGAUGAAGUCCGUACCGUCCGAAAGAUUCAACCUACCCCCAACUGGAUCAACAAGAUGAGUGCGGUCACGGCUGCGAAGGUAACCGGUGGCAAGAAUGCUGAUUGA